GGGGUGAGUAUACAGUAUAUUAGGGCUUUGAGAAUUUCCCUAAAUGUUGAGUCUCCAGGUUCUUUUUUUUGUUAGUAAUUAUUCUUCUUGACUGUUAUACAUUUAAUAUUAUCUUAACAUUGUUUACAUACAGUACAUGUAUUUGUGUUUGCUUGUGAGGAGAAGAGUAGAAGAGCAGUUACACCAUUCCCUUUUUUUUCAUGUCUGGCAUCAGACACUGAGUAUUUGUUAAGAAAACGAAAGCAUAGUAAGUGGGAGACUAUGGACGCUGAAGAAGUGACUGAGAUGAAAAAUUUUGCUCCAGCAGAAGUUCAAGAUGAUAAGGAUGCUAAAAAAGACAUAAUGAAAGGAACAAAAGACAUUUACAGGAGAGUUCGUCUGUACAAGAGGAUUUCCGCUAUUUUCAUGGUUCUCUCUUUGUUCUUGCUGGCUGUGGUUCUUGCACUGGCUAUGAGGUUAAAUGUGAAGUGUCCAGAGAGUGCUGAACCAAAUUGUGAACUAUGUCAGACCACGUGUCCUCCACUAAAGGGCAUCCAAGAGUGCAAGUGCUCUGAGUGUGAGGAAGAUUGGGAGAUGUUUGAGAACUCUUGUUACUUCUUUUCUGAUGUGCGUCUAAAGUGGCAGGAGAGCAGGGAGGCAUGUCAGAAACUUGGUGGAGACCUGGUUGUUAUUGACAAUGAACGUGUGCAGAGGUUUCUAACCGAGGACAGGGGCCUGUUGUACUGGAUUGGGUUCCAUUAUUCAGAAGAUCAGAAAUGGAUGUGGAUUAACAAUACUGCACCAACCCAGAGUUUCUGGUCCAAUGGCCAGCCAAAACCAGACAUUCAAGGCUCCUGUGCACUGCUAAAUGGAGGGACAUCAGACCUGAACAACUGGCUUUCAAACCCCUGUACAGUGAUAUCACAGUACAUCUGCCAGAAGUGUUAAAAUUGGAGAAUGCCAACCAUAACCAUCACAUAUAUCUGCUACAGUUGCCUUCAAUAUCUUCAUUUUACUGUUAUACUUACCUUUUACAAAUGCAGUUCAUGAAUAAUAACAAAUACAGAAUCAGCACAUAAAACAAUCCUGUUCUGUGAUGCCCAUCAAGUAGAUAUGCUAUGUAUUUUUCAUGAUUUUAGAUAUUAUUCUCACUAAAACAUUUAGAAUAUAUUAUAUAACAUAAUAUAUACCUUAGUAACAGCUUUUAAUGGUUGUGAGAUGUCAUUACGUAAACAUUCCUAGUACAUUUUGUCCUUACUAUGUAAUGCACCUUUUUUUAUGCAGCCCACACAAUAAAUGCAAAUUCAAAUUCAAA